AUGACUGCGCAAGAACAAAUGAAAAAGAUGUUAGAUGAGCUAAUGGGAACCCAAAGGGAUGGUAAGUAGUGAUAUAUAUACUGCGAAAGCUAUACGGAUGCCCACUGCUUCUUGCCAUUGCAUGUGUUGAAGUCUUUCCACGCUGAUUGUAUAAAGCUUACUUGAAAUCUCUUUCUUACACCGGUUAUUUUAAUUUUGCAUAUUGACUAAACUAGAAAACUGGGUUGUGAUGUCGACGGUAGCUCAAUCAAGUGGAGUGAGUUUUUGUCUUACACAUGUUUCCUUGCUUGUCGAAUUUUACCUUAGUUAUUUUAUGCAAAAGGACGUUCUAUUGCUUACGAAACUCAUAUGUAUUUUUUAAUGAGAACGCCUCGUUCAUUCGUAUUUGUAAUAAAACUGUAUGGUAUUCUAGAAAGAGAAACUUUACAUGAAUUUACUGGAUGAUCUAAAGUUUCUUUUGCUGAGAACGAACAAGACUAGCUAAUAUAUACAGCAUAACAGAAGUCCCUUGCUGUAGUUUCCUUAUUGGCUUAUAAAAAUUAAAAGUGACAUAGGCUUAAAUGAUUGUCAAAGAUUAUGCCUUUUUAACGAAAAAUUUGCAUAGAUAUUUUUUGUCUAAAAUAACCUUCUGGUUUAAAAGGUUUCAACCCAGUUUGAUUCUCAAUUUCUUUUGUCUCCUAGCUGUAGUUAUUCAUUAUCAUGAAUAAUUAGGGCUAGAAAACAGGGAAUAAAACUAGGUCGAAACUAUUUUAACCUGUAUUUUAUUUUGACCUACAAAAUACCACUUGCAUGAAAGGUGUUCUAAAGACAGCUGUUUAUGUGGCAAUUUAAUAAUAAAGUUUACGACCAAAAUACAAACAGGGCUAAAAAUUGGCAGUUGCAUGAUAGCUAAUGCAUGAUCCCUCAGUAUGUGACUACAAUACAAUUGUAUUGUAGUCACAUACUGAGGGAUCAUGCAUUAGCUAUCAUGCAACUGCCAAUUUUUAGCCCUGUUUGUAUUUUGGUCGUAAACUUUAUUAUUAAAUUAAUUAUUAGAGUAGCACUUUUGUGAAGUUCAGAGGGAAGAAAAAAAUAGCAAGCAGUUUCCUUGGAAUCCCUUUUGUCUCCUUUUCUUCGGCUCUGGUUCAUAAUAAUUUUACAGACUGAAGUGAAAAAUUCUGAGCGAUUUAGAAGUAUAUUAACACUAGUUUAAUGUUUUUGUUGUCAGCUGAUUCUGAGUCACCCAGAAUAUUUUGUGUUCCAUUUUUGGUAAUUACCCUGCUUCAACAUCAUUUAAGAGACCACCAAAUUUUAACCAGGGGCACUAAGAAUUAUGGAAGAAAACUGGUCCAACUGGGAACUAAGGCCUUGUCCACUGGUAAUAUUAUAAAACAGAGGGUUUUACAAUAGCAGUCCUAACAAAACAUGUGUUUUCAUCCAUUAACAUGAAAACAAUAAGCAAGCAUUUAAAAAAACUCCACUCCUUGGACCGUUUUUGAAAACUUUCACUUUUUGGUUUUCGAAAACACUGUUUACAUAUGGACAGAAGGCUGAAUCUGAGAAAAAAUCUUCAUUUUCAAAAAUAUCUGGGUAUGUUACAGGUCAAGACGAUAAUCAGGUUAAAUUUUUUAACGUAGGUUGAUUCUCAAUUUCUUUUGUCUGCUAGCCCUAAUUACUCAUAAAUUAGGGCAAGAAGACAAAGGAAAUCUAGAAUCAACCGAGGUUAAAAAAUUUUAACCUGAAUUUAAUUUUGACCUGUAACAGAUACAUGUGGAUGUGGCCUUAGGUCUGUUCUUAAUUUUUAGCCCUGUGUGAACUAAACUGGAGCAGCUGAUUAGAAAUGUCCUUUACCUGACAUUCGCUUAUUCAUUCUUGACUCUGAUGUUGUUUCUUUAUACAUUUUUGGAACAAGAUUUUUCUCCUUUUUAUUGGUCUGCUUCCACCCUUGAAUAAUUGGGGACCUUACAAAAGGGUGACAACAGCAGCAACAAGAAUGCCAAAAAUUGUAGGUUUAUUGGGCGAAAACAAAAAUUUCUUUUCCUUUGCAACUACAACAUGUGAUGACCAAAUUUGUGUUCUAGAGAACAUGAAGUAUGGGAGGACAAUAGAUUUCGGGGUAUCUAUGAACUCAGAUGCAGUUCCCUCCCUUGUCGUAAGGUAAUUUUGUCGUUGAAUUGUAAGGUCCCUAAUGAGCGCUUGGGGUAUACACUGUAAAGCUAAGGAUAGUCUAUCCCAUCCUUCAAUCAUGUUACAGUGGAUGAAUGUAAUGCUCCCUGGGUUCCAGUGAUAUAAACCCCACUGUCCUGUUGGCCAUAUUUAACAAACACAUUAUUAUGUUACAGGUUUGGAUGAAUGUAAUGCUCCCUGGGUUCCAGUGAUAUAAACCCCACUUGAAGUGAGUUGUCCUGUUAUUCUCCGUAAUUACUUUAUUAGGUCCCAACUGGUACCUUUCAAAGCACUGCAUAACAAUUUUUCGCGGGCUUCUGUCCCAAUUCUAAGCUUUUUCGACCAGCAGGAAAAGUUUGCGUCUUCCGCGACUUGUGUUACUAAAUUGACCCUAGCGGCAAAGGCAGCCUUCAUUCGUAAAAUUCUUUGUUUUGAGGUGUUUAAAAUACUUUUCGGUCAAUUGGUUGAGAGGAUGCUCGAAAAUAAAAGCCUUCAUGAACGCGAAGCCCCUCCCCUGGCAGGAGAUUGCGCCUCUGGCACAUAUUUUUGGCCUUACUGGUCAAGAAUGUUCCCUUACCUGCUAAGCUAAAAUUUAGGGAGAACACUGCGAUUGUUUAGUACACAUAGUGAUUGUGAUUAGGGAUAAGAUAUUGUUCCCCAGCAUUAAUACUAGAUGUUGAAUGCUUUCUCAAACAAGGCUCACUGAUAGUCAUGUACAUGUAGUGUGAGCAAGUUCAUUGGAUGCGUAAGUAGGGCGACGUAAGUAGGGCCAACAAAUUUCAAUUUUUAUUUUGUUAUGGUUGAGGGAAAGAACAUACUUUACUUACAACUGAGGCACAAUCAAUGCACUUUCAUUCUUAGAUAUUUAAAAAUACAACUUAAUGUCUUAUCUCAAGAAGUGAUUGAACUACUUUCAAGACAUAUAUAUUAUUGCUGAAUUGGAGGACAUUUAACAGAAAUUUGAAUGAUCAAAGUUCUUCAUAUGUGUAUUGCAAAGGGAAUAUCAAAUUUAAAUGGGACUGUAACUUUGAAAAUAAGUAUUAAAUCCAUUCCAUUUACUUGAAUAAAUUUCCAUGAAUAGCAAAGAGAAAUGAUUUUGCAAAACAGGUGACUGAUCAUUAAGAGAGGGCCACAGUUUGCGUUAGCUAAUUUCCUUCAAAACUGAAUAACACCAAACACUUUAACUACUCAGUCCUUCACUGUCAGCAAUACGUUUUAUUUAGAAAUGGUGGUUAACAUGCAUUAUCUGGUACAAAAUGUGGUGUGUACUUUUGUCUUUUUGAAAGGCUAAACACUGCAUUGUCAACCUAACUGUGUACUGUGGACACUCAGUUACAAUGAGUAUGAUUUGCUGAAAAUUACAAUCUAUUUGGAGAUGCUUUUAUGGGUAUUGUCUUAAGUCACAAGCAUCAUUAUAGAGCAUGAAAUAGAAUGCAAAAAACAGAUAUUUUGGAAAACUACUAUAGAGCACUGACUCGUGGCAAUACAACAGAAUGUUAGAUGUGGUACAAUGUGUAUUAUACAUUAAUAACGAUAGGGUGUACUAAACAAAACCAUCACAAACUUGAAAACAGACAGUUUACACAAAGCAGCCUCAUGAUUAGAUUUAUACAAGUGACUUGAUGUAGAACACAGGUUUUAAGCAGAACAAGACAAGAAUUCUGUAGAACACAAAGUAGUCGUGACAUGUACAGCUUUGUCACCAAACUGAUUAUGAUUAUGGAGGCGAAUUUUAUCUCUGGAGUCAAUUAAAUGUAUCCUGUUUAGUUCUUUAAGCCAUAAAUCUUUCUCAGACAUAAUUUUGUUUAGCUUUUAAUUUUUUUUGUUCGUCAUCUUCCUUACUCCUUUAGGUGCAAGGCCAGGAGAUGAAAUCAAGUUUUCUGAUGACCGUGUCUGUAAGAGCUACCUUAUGGGACUCUGCCCGCAUGAACUUUUCAACAACACAGUGAGCAGUUUUUAUUCUUUUUUUUAAAUGUUCUCAAGUAACGUAAUAUCUUAGGUCUUGCUCACACAAGUCUGUUUGAAUUUGAAAAUGUAUCUUUUGUGGUUCAAUAUUAUCCUUGCUUUAAAUUUUAUUUCCUUUUGUUUUAAACUUAUUAUCAUACAUUACUAUACUCCAAAACAAAGGGAAAUAAAAAUUUAACCAAGGAUAAAAUUGAUCCACAACAUAACCCACCUUUUUUAGCUUACAAUAGUGGUUUUGAAUGUCAGGAGAGUGGUUUUGUCUUGUCUCCAAUCUGAUUAAGUUUAUAAAUGAAUAAUAUGAUAUACAAUGCUUCAUACAGUGUGUGAGUUCAGGACUGCACAAUUCAGUCAAACCCAUAGCAAUAAUUCUGCACAAUACGCAGUGAUGCGGCCAUACACAAUUUAGUUUCUAGAAAUACAUGUUUUACUCUUCAUAGCCAAGAUUUUUAGAACCUUUUAAGUGCUUUUCAGGCCAUUUUCAUUUCAAAAACAACACUGUUUUUGCUUUAUUUAGUCAGCUUUGAUGAACAGUCACGAAAAGCUGCCAGAAGGCCUUCUUUGUAGCUUUGCGCUGUCUCGGCACUAUUUGUUUGUGAGAUAGAUUAGAUAUAUACAUGAUGACAGGGAUUUUCAACAAUUUCUCUUCCAGUGGUGCCAAAAGUCAAAAUUCCAAAAGACAGUUCUUAUUUUAAUAAUUUGAAAAACAUGAGCUAUUGAAAAUUUAUAUGUCGGGUCAUUUAUGGGAAUCCCUCCUCCCUGGGCAGUGGUAUAAGUGAACACUGCAAAUCAGUGCAAGACACUGAUCUCAAGUUGGCAGUGUAAAACAUGUUAAGGGAACAGAUCACUCUAAUGACUGCAGACCUGCAAAUAAUAGUCAGUCAUCAGACAAGUAAAAUUGGCCCUUGUCUGACAAAAUGUCAACUGUCGUUGGACAUGAUGUGUAUGUUGUAGUUAAUUUUUUUUAUCUCAGGUAGUUUUUAUUUUUCCUUUGCUUCAACUUCAUUAGCAUACAUUAUCAUACCCCAAAACAAAAGAAAAACAAAAAUUACCCGAGAUAAAUAAUUCACUGCAGCAUGUGCAGACAAAGUUAAUGCCUAAGACUAUCAUUUUGCAGACGAUCAAAAUCUAUCUUGACUGCAUGUAAAUUAUACUGUCAAUGAAAUAACACUGUUGCAGUGAACAUAUGGUAGUAGUCAGGCUACCUGUGAAUCCAUCCUGUUAAUCAUUAAAGACACAUAAUGUGUACGUGGUGGAAAUUGACCACCAUUAAUUUGUUCUGUCCAACCCUAGUGGUGUUUUAACCAGACAUAAGUUAUGCUGCACAGUGUUGACAUCUGCCAGAUAAACUAUCACCUGUCCUGUUCUUGAGUAAUUAUUAAGGCACUGUGUCAUUCCUUCAACAUUUAGGUCUCCUGCUACCCAGAGGUUUUACUGUGAUCAUAAUUUUUCUAAUUAACAUUAGUUUGUCGUGAAAGAUAUGCCAUGAGGAAAUGAAGGGAGAAAAGUUGCUAUUUUUCCUUAUUUACUUGUGACUUACACUUUGCUUGUCUGUCACAAUUUACAAUGUGAUUUAGCACCCUUACUUUUAUCUGUACAGUUACUACUUAUUUUUACAAAUUAGGUGUUCCAGAGAGUAUAAACAGUUUUGUGUUUGUGUCCUGUCUAUCCCUGAUUAAGUCUUGUUGUGUCCCUUUCAUGCUAUCCAUUGAUGAACAGUGGAUCUUCAAAGCUGUAAGUUAAAACUGUUCAUUAAGCCAUUUUUUCCAAGUAAAUUUUCUUAAUUCCAUCAUAACCUCAUUACCUGCAACUUGCCAUUUGGUGGAUUUCUUGUAUGUUUCUCCUAGAAAAUGGACCUUGGUCCUUGUAACAAGAUUCAUGAAGCAGCUCUCAAAGCUGACUUUGAACUUGCAUCCAAGAAGAGGGACUAUGGUUAUGAUGUAGAUGUAAGUAGGGUACAUGUAAAAGCUAAGGCAGAAGUGCUGGAAGUAAGAUUGGUCAUAUUGGACAUUUACUGACCUAUACUAUUGUGUGCAGAUCAUUAAUUUAUUUUUAUAACUCAGUCUUUUGCAAACUAUUGUUAGUGAUAAUUUAUGAGAAUAAUUUUAUCAGAAUGCCUAAAAACGUUUCUGCAUAAGGUGUGAAGGCAUAGCCUAUGUAAAGCUCCUUAAAAGCAGCUGAAUUACAGUACAAGAAACUUAAGCUGCAAAAGAUGCCUUAUUAUAAUAAUUAUUAUCUUUAUCUCACUGAAAAAUAAUUUAUUUCCCUGCAAUAUUAUUCCAUGGCACUCUACAUAUACAGUCAAACAGACCCUGCUGUCUGCAUGAUGGCAGAUUGCAGUAUUUCAAAGAAAAAAUGAAAUUAAGGGCGCUUUCCAUUGUCAGAACUGACUGGCCAGACGCUGACCAUUCCCAUCACAGUGGGAAUUUCACUUUUAAUAAAAACUAUCCAGCCAGAUCAGUCAGAUCCUAAAAUAGUAUGCAUGAAGGAGAUGGCUUUUCAGCAAAAACCCUUGGAAAAAGCUUAUUGCUUUGUCACUUUGACUGGUCCGACCAUGGUCUGGCCGGCCAGUUCUGACUUUUGGAAAGCGCCCUAAAGUGUCUGACCAGUAGUGGUAUAAAUGCCCUUGAAUAGCCAUACUUACAGUUGAAGGCUCCAUGAGAUACAGGUUCAUGUAGCUCCAAAAAUAUGUAAAGAGCUGUGUCAUGAAAUUUAUUAAAAUUCAAACUGCAGGAACUGUCACCAAACUGAAUGAAACAUAAAAAUAACCACUAAAAACGUUAAAAGAAGGGAACACGCAAAAGGAGGCACAGAUCGACAAAUUUGAAAAGGAGUGAAAUGGGUUGUAAUAUUAUUGUGGUUUUUGAAUACUUGCUAGCCUAACAGUUUUUCAAAGUUCAUUUUUGUUGUUUGUAAUGUUUGAUAUGAUGUUUGGGAGUUGUAUUUAUUUGACACAAAGCUGUGAUCUUGUCAUUCACAAGUUAUAUCUCAAUUUUCAUAACAAAUGAGGACAUGCAAUUGGCAUUAUAAACCAAAUGAACUCGCCAGCUAUGGCACAGCCCCUUUAAACCCUAAGAUCCAAAUUUGAAUUCUCAUUUGUUCCCCUAUUCAUUUCCUACAGAAGUAGUAGGAAGAAGUCGAUAAAAUAUCAAGUAAAUUCAUCUUGUGUGAUCAUGUCCAUAAUUCUCAUGGCCACUCUGUUUUACAAAGCAUUGAUAUUACAAGGAGAAAUUUGAUACUGAUCACUCUUAGGGCUUAAAGGGUUAAGACAUAGGUUAGACACGGUUUUUGAGAGACAAAUUACAGGCUAAUCGGUAGUUGUUUUAUCUCCUAAAUUAACCAGCAAAUGGAACAUCUUGAGUCUUUUAUCAAGGACUGUGAUAGGAAGAUUCAGAUUGCAAAAAAAAGGCUUGAAGAAACACAAGAUGAUCAUCAGCAUGUCCCUGAGGUAGGUGUGUGCUUUAUGGUAUUGAAUUACAGGGUGAAAACUGUUUGUCAGUCCUCUCUUCAUUCCUUCAGUCUAAACAUUCAUGGGCUUUACAAUGUAUGUUGCUUAGAGGCCAUUUCCUUGUAAAUCUACUGUCUUAUUUUUCUUCAUGACAGCAAACCAGGGAAAAUACAAUCAGGCCAUAACAUUUAGCAAGGAUUCAGUUAUUGAUGGCUUUGCGGUUUGUUCGUGUCCUGAGCUGAUUUUUUUAAUUUGUUAAAGCUGAUGCUCCUGAAUAAGUGCCACACCAAAACAUUGAAAAUCUAAUAAGCACCACAACUCUCAGACUGAUCUGUACUGGUGAAUGCUGCUAAAAGGUUUUGUCUUUUAGUCAGUGAAAACUGAAAAAAACUGUAGAAAUGAUUGCAAAAAUUACUCAGGUUAAACUUCAGUGGCUAACAUUAUUUUAAUAAUGCUAUUUUUUUUAUUAUUAUUAGGCCCAAGCAGUUCAUGACCUGGCAGAACAAAUAGGAAAAAAGCUUGCAGAAGCUGAAGCUGUUGGUUUGUACCUUUACACAGUGAUUAAAAUUUAAACUUGAAAGCAGUGUACAAUCCUCUGGGAUGAUCAGAAAGCAUAUUUAUCACUCCUUCUGCAAACUCCCUACUCCAUACCUUAAAUUUAUAAAACACAUUGUGCCCUGGCCAGCAUAAACCUUUUUAUUACAAUGGACUACCUCGCUUGGCUUAAGGCUGCCAGUUAAGUACAAUGUCUUCUCGUGAAAAGCCAAUAAACGUCCUUAGAGUCAUGAGAGUAAAAGCGUGUGUUGUGUACACAUUGUACAGGUGCUGAGGGCAAAGUAGAGGAAUCAAUGGAGCUCAUGAAGGAGGUGGAAGACUUGAAAUCAAAGAAACGAAUGGCUGAGGUAGAACUUUUAUAUAUGUAUGUUUUUUAAGGGGUGCCAAUGACUUCUCCGUAGUUGCUAUGGAACUCAACACUUGUGAAGAAAUAACUUGUAAUUGCUGGAAUCAAAGCUCUGACAAUCACUUGUGUCUCUCAAGCGCUGUAUUUAAAAUUGCAAAAGCAGAGGUGAACUUUGAAAAACUGUUAGCCUGUCUAGUUUCCAAAACCUCGAUUGCAAUCUGCUUUGAUCUUCUUCAAUUUUUUUCCAUCCUUCCUUUGUAUUUUCUUUGUUAUUUUCAAUGUUUUUAAGUUCCUAUUUUUAUAUUUCUUGCAAUUUGGUGUCGACUUUCUACUGCCUGAAUUUAGUUUAAUGUCGUUUCACAGUUCCUGAUUCAAGUUCAUGAUUUUGUUAAGCUUCUGCUGCUGUGCUGUGUACCAUGUACAGCUCAUGGCAGGAAAAAAAAAAGAAAGAACGAGCGAAAGAAGAGUUGAGUUGUUUUCCAUAACAGAUAGUGUACAAAAGAAUAAAUACUGACAGCAUAUAAAAUGGUAUUUACCCAACAGGAGUGGUAAUACCUUGUGUCGUUUGGUACAGUGUAUAUUGCAUUAGUUGAGGCUUUUUGUAAUUUAGGCCAUACUUGUUGAUUUCCAAUGUAUUUCUAUACUUGGCCAUUUAACCCGUUAAGCCCCAGUAUCCACAUACAAAUUCUCCAAACUGAUCUCCAUACAUUUCCGUAAAGAAUUAGUUGAGAGAAUUUGAUAAAACAUCAAGACGUUUUCUCAUUUGUGAUCAUUUUUUAUAUUCUCACAACCUUAUCUCUUGACAAUGUAUGGAUAUCGUUAGGAGAAAAUUGCUGUUGGUCACUAUUGGGACUUAAAGGGUUAAAGUGAGUACCUCAGGCAGUGGGUCAAGUGUUGAAAACAGGCAUGUUCCUUUUUCCUCUCUAGGAUAUUUAUCGGGAGAGCGUACCAUCAUCGUCUCUACAGCAACAAAAGUUGAGGGUCUGUGAAGUGUGUGCUGCUUAUCUUAGCUUGUAUGACAAUGAUCGCAGGUUUGUAUGAACGGUCAUUGAAACAGCCCUUUAGUUCUGGUUGGUAAGGUUAGAAAAGGUUUCAACAGUUUUCCCUUUUUGCUACUUAACCAGGAGGACCGGUUUGCAUAAGCCCCUGCAGAAGUAGUGCAUGUGCCAGUAGAUUUAGUAACAGUCUUUGAAAUUGGUAUCAUGUUAAUUAAAACCCCUGCAAGUAUGCCACAAUAUGUGUAUGUAAAUAGGAGAUAUUUCAAUACCACCUCAUUAUUCCACGCCCGAGAGGGACUGGGAAAACUUCGUACAGGUACUAGGCAAGGAUCAUACUAUAGCUCUUGAUGGUAUGUGGUUUGUACCGUGAUGGAGGUAAUUUGUAUUCAGAAAUACCAUCGCCUCUGCGCGCAUAGCAUGCCUUUAUGUAAAGUUCGCGUAAUGGUCUCCCGUUAUGUCUCUUAUCUGUAGAUCUCAUCAAUUGCAACUUCAGCAAAAUAACUUUCAAUAUUUUCUAUUUCUUGUUUCCAGGUUAGCUGAUCACUUCGGUGGAAAACUUCACAUGGGAUUCAUCAAGAUUCGCGACAGACUGAAAGAACUACAGGUACUUCCGGUGGUUUCCAGGGCGAGAAGUCUAGUGAAUCAUACUGGUUUGCGUUUGUUGACCAUCAGUUUUCUACACACACAGUGUUGAAGAACAUCUGAAGCUAUACCAACAUAUCAAACUUAAUGUAAUGGGCUUUAUUAAUAUUUACAUACCACGAUACCAAUUCGUAGCACUAGUUAAGUGUCCUCAAUAGCGAGAUUCCGAAAUAGAAGCGCACAUUUCCAUUCACCAUUUUCACUGAGACCUUAAUGUACCUUGUUUGCCCUCCCCCCCCCCCCCCCCCCCAAAAAAAAACUUUUGUCUCCGAUUCCUUUUGGGACGACUGUAAUUUUUGGGGGCGGGGGUGGGGGGGGAAUAAACAAGGUGCAUUAUGGUCUCGGUGAAAAGGGUGCCUUAGGAAAAAAUGGUAUGUAUAAGAGGGUUAAACGUGCAUCAUUUGUGAGAUAGUCAUAAAUGUAUAAUGACCCGAAGCAAUUAUAAUAUAUUUUUACAUUUCUUUUUUUUUUGUCAGAAUGUUUCAUUCAGUGUUCUUUACAAUGAGAAAAAUAACCUGAAAUUGUGUAUGUGACUCCGGAAUAGGGAGAGUCCUUAACAGCGAGAGUUAAUUUCAGUCAUAGGUCUGUCAUUUAUUUUUGGCUGGGAUUUAGCCACCGUUCGUAUCACUAUGCGGGUGUCCGCAUGACCAAAGUUGACUUACGCUUCAUUAAAAUACUCCUGAAAAGUAACCCUCUGUUGCGGUUCAUUCGUUAUGGGGAUAGUCUGUGAAAUUUUCUUUCAUCGCGAAGGCGUAAUGCAUGUGGUUUUCUAUUCGCUGUCUCUAGGAGGGAGUAGCUAAAAAACGCUCGGAGAGAGAAAUGGAGCGCAUGCGCAGACGGGAGGAACGAGAACGUGAGCGGGCACAAGAAAAAAUGGAACGGGAAAAAAGGAUGAGAGAAAGAGAGCGAGAAAGAGAAAAAGAACGGUUGGUAUCAGGUGUUUCUUAUGAAUCUCGGAUAAAUACUUUUACAAUUAGGAAAAUUAUAACUAAAAGUAACUCCUGAGUUAAAGAUUACUUUGAAUGUGAUGUUACACGGAACGAUUCGCAAAGUGGAACAAUGUUGUAACUAUUCAAAACAAUGUUGCAACGCUGUGUUGCGCUAAAAAUCGUCGUUGCGAAUCGUCUCGUGUAACAUACCCCUAAGAUUUAUUGAUCGUUCGAGAGGCUACAUUAAGCCCUCGACAGACUGUUGGAUGUGAUGUCCAAGCACCUUGUAGAGGGUUUUUAAAGAGUCUUGUCUACUGUGUUGUGUAAAUCGUCUUCCUGGCGCCUGGGUGUCUGCUGAAAAAUUUCUCGUGUUUGAUAUACGGUCGAACCUCUUAUAAGCGACCACCCAAAAUGCGAGUGAUCGCUUACGAGAAUUGAUCCAUAAGGGGUCUUCUUCCUAGAAGAGAUUUGAACACAUCUACAUUUUGGAAGAGAUUCAUUGAAUGCAAUUUCUUAGUUACAAUAUGUGCAGUUUCGUGUGGUCACUAAACGUUAUUCCCAUACUCCCGGAAGUGUAGUACAUUGAGCGAACAUGGAGAUAUACCAUGCGCAAGGCGACCGCUUAAACGAGGGCAAAAAGAAUGGAAAAUUUCUAAAACUGUCAUCCAAAAAAGUCUUCGCGGUCUCUUAUGAGAGGUUCCAACUGUAGUGAUUUGACUGGGAAAAUUUUGGUGUUUUGGAUAGGUGGUCACUUACGGGAGGUGUUUGCUUAUUGAGGCUCGAUUGUAUCACUUUGCACAUUAUUUAAUUCCCUCUUUUGUUCAAUACUCGAUCUUUUGAGUGAAAAAAAAAAAAAAGAAAAAUACUUAAAUUAUCCUCUCUCCUUAUGGGACUUUUCAGGGAUAAUGAAACAAGUGUGACAUAACAUGGUUAAAAAUACCAACUGGUAGGAGGCAAGCCAGUUGGCUAUUUCACAAGCGUGACCGAGGAUCCGAACUCGGGACUACGCAGAACAAAUCCAGUUAGCGGUCAGGGCAGGACUUGAACUCGGGGCCUCCGGAUUACAAGUACAGCGCUCUAACCGCUCGGCCACGCUGCCUCGCUGAGCUAUAAAAGAUCCAACAGGGAAAAAGUGUUGACAGUAAGUUUGAUUUCAUAUUUUGACCUUUUUGUUUGACACGAAGUGUUUCUUUUUUCCUUUUCUAAGCAGAAGUCGCCGUCGCCGCAGCAGAAGCCGAAGUAGAGAGAGGAGAAGAAGAAGAAGGUGAGACUUGUAAGAUAUUUUUGUUGUUCAUAAACCCUGUGUGCUAAGCACGGUGCUUUUUUUAAAAUUGCGACUGACUACAAGCGUGGUAAACAAAUGUAUUGAUAUUCUAUGGAGCAGCUUGUUUAGUACUGUCGUUGGGAAAGCUCCCUAUUAAUAUGCAAUUACAGAAUGUUGCAUCACGUGAACAAUUAAAUUUUACCUAGAGGGAAAAAAUGGUGAAAUCACAAGAGGACAGGGUUUUAUAAGCCAACAGAAUUACAGUAACCUAGAUGAAAAGGAAGCGAAGUUUAUUGCUUGGCGGAGGCAACAAACAAAGCUACAUCCCCAUUACGAUUUGAUAGAACAUUAGGUAACGGACAAGGAGUUACAGCUAUAAGACCUUAAAGUGCCUCAUGGCUGGUAUGAAAGUCUAUGUUAUCAACCCUUUCGGCCCGCGCGUGAGAACACCCAGGGCGUGCGAGCUCGCGCGUUCGAUUUUGCCUUUUCCCCUUUCCCCUUCUUUUAGAACGACUGCCACGCGUGCUAUUGAUAUCUCAUAGUUCUUGAACAGUCUUACCCCAUGUUUGGAGAAGAACUGACAGUGUUAAUUUGAUUGAAAAUGAUCUUUCAGGAGUCGGUCGAGGUCAAGGUCCCGUUCCAGAUCGCGAUCAGGGUCUAAGUCUCGUACGAAGACCAACAGGACGUCUUCCCGCCGCUCUAGAUCCCGGUCUCGCUCUGCCUCCCCGAAAAAACGCAGUAAAUCACCGCGACGGUCUCCGUCAGGAUCGCGCUCAAGAUCUAGAAGCUAGAAGUCCCUGGUAGUUUUUAGACGUAACCCGACUGGAGGUUCAUUCACCUGGCUGCUGUAAAAUUCACCUGGCUGCUGUAAAAAUUUCCGGUCUGUUAUUUUAUUGACGAGAUGUUGCUUCUGUGGUCAAGCUUCAGUUCUUGCUGUGCUUUCUUUCAGCAAAGCUUAGCGUAACUGUUGUACUCGUAGUGCUCCCUAUUCAGCUGACAAAUUACUAUCUCUUAUUUUUUGUGCGGUAGGUUUUAAUGGCCUAUUUCAACGAAACUUGUAAUGCUUUGCCUGUUGAAUUUGUUCGUUGUAGCAGAAUUAUAUACACCUUCACUUGUCAUCUCUUCCGUUCAUCAGGUUCGUUAGAUUUAGUGUUGUGUUAAUAAUUAGAAAAAGUGAUUGUCAAAUUGUGUCUAUAACGAUUGCAACUAGUGAAUAUAUUGUGUAGCGUAGUAAAAAUCUUUAAUACUAAACUGAAAGAAAUACCAAAUUUUCCCUUGAAAAUGGCUAGGUUGUCUUGAAAUUCAAACUACAAAUUUUAAUUACAACCCAUUUUUACAGCUCUAUUUAAAACUGCCAAAAUAUCUUGCCAUCUAGAUGAACCGAUUUUAGUACUUACGAUCUUGGCGCCUUUCUUUGUUUGUUAGGCUGAAGUAAGCUGUUUAACACUUUCAGAAGCGUUGAAAUAUGUCUAAAAUUUGGUAGUUCGUGGCAAGUACGUGAGAGGACUGGGUACAAACUUACCCGUGAAUACUUGCUCGUGAAGAAAAACAUGGCGGAAAACGAAAUACUCAAUGUAUCGGCGUAAGGACGCGUCACUGUACUUGUUUUUCAUUCUCCUUCUAUGUUUACCUGACUAAAAUUUCAAAAAAGGGAUCAGGUGAUUUUGCUGCAGCUGCUGGAUUUUAUUCUUGUCCCAGCGGCUCGAGUGUUGUCCUUAACCACUUGCCCAAACGGGCAACCUGUGCAGCUUACACACUUGCCCAACGUAUAAUUCUACUUGCCCCGGGCAAGUGGGCAAGCGUUAGCCACUCGGCGUAACCCGCGAGUUACUUGCUACAUACACCAUUGUGGAUUUUGAAAAUUGAAUAUUUCUGGUUUGUUGAGGUUCUUCAACUGAAAUCUUUUCAGAAGAGCUUAUAUGUGUAAAAUUGCGGGAACGUCAUUGGUUAGAACCUCGCAUACUGUUCGAUUCUCUUGCGAUUUAAAUUUCAGCUGUUCUACCUCGCAAAUGUUUUGUCUCGUAGCCAGGGUUCGUACGCGUCUUGAAAACCCUUGAAUUUCAAGAGUCCUUUUUCAAGGCCUUGAAAGUCCUUGAAAUUCUCUUUCGUUCAUUUUGGUCCUUGAAUUUUAAUAGAA